CUCUGCAACACCACACUGCCCUAAUCUGAGCUGCCACACCUGCCAAAGUUUCGACUGAGAGCAACAAUUGCUGACCGGUCCACCAGUCCAGAUUUAUUCAAACCCACCCCAGAUGGCACUUCGAUAUAGCAGACAGACACGACAUUCACAACCUCAUGCACUAAGUAUUCCUGAUCGCCCAUACCACUACGAUCAAUCCGAAGAGGAAAUACGCACAACCCAAGAAAAUAUAAGCACGCAAGACGAUGGCAACAUGGAUAUCGACGACGAAUACGGAGGUGUUUGCCUCGAUCUUGGUGAGGAAGUGGGGCCUAUAAAGAUUUCAGCGAACGAAUCCAUUAAGGAAGUUCUCGCAAUAGCACCGAUUCGUUCCGAUCUCCGGAAUAUGAUUUUGCAGCACGCUUCGAACAUGAUGGUUCCGUGGCAACGGCCAGAGCAAUUGUUGAGAGGUAUUACCGCUCUGCCUGGAAUCCACUCUUGUAGUGACCUACUAUUUCUCGAGAAUCGGGCCGGAAAUGUAGAGUCCGUCACAGUAAUAUCUCCCUCAGCACUCGCAUUUAAGCUCUCUUGCAUGAAUAUUCAUCCGAGUAGUCGGUAUAUCACAUCCGUCGCUCCGGUAAAUCACUCUAACCUAUUUGGGUGGGUUCGAUAUGCAGGAGUCUCAGUCGACCAUCUCAAGGUCCAUAUUGUCGGCGCUGAGCUUUGGAAUCGGUAUAAAUACGCUGCCGGAAUUUGGGGCUACCGAGCUCUUCCGAUCAUCGCUCUUAUGGCAUCCCUCAUCGCUUGUAGGACCUCAAUAAGAUCCAAGAUCACCCUCGACGGCCUACGUGUCUUCCGCGAUGUGUUCGCUAACAUGUGGGAAAAUAUGCCGUUGAGAACGCCGAUCACUGGCCACAACCCGCUGUUGGAUCUGCUGUGCAGUUAUCCAUUCCCUGAGUUGAUGCCACAGCUUCGGGAGACGUAUGUUGAUAGCACAGGAGCCUUCCGCAGUCAACCGAGGGAGGGAAAUAUGUUCGGAAUGCGAACCCCAAUCCAAUGGCAAACGCAGAUUAUGAGGGCACGGCACGGAAUGCAUUCGCCAAAGUGGGGCUUUGUGGUUUGA